AUGAAGUGGCUUUCUCUAACUUUGGCACUCGCCGUGCCUUCGCAGGCCGCCCUUCGAUUCGGAUGUUCGACUGUUUCCAUUCAGCGUCUUGACCCCCUCGUCGAACCUGGCAAGGUCCCUUCUGCGCAUCUUCACCAGAUUGUUGGUGGUAAUGCCUUUAACGCGUCCAUGGACCCCACCGAUGGAGAUAUCGCGGAAAAGGCUACAUGCACAACAUGUACUUUCUCUGAAGAUUUCUCCAACUACUGGACCGCCGUGAUGUUCUUCAAACACCCGAACGGAACCUACAAGCGAGUACCAAUCAUGCAGAACACGGCUUUGCCUAACGGUAUCAAUGGUGGAAUGACCGUUUACUACACGCAGCAAGACUUCUCGUCCAACGGAAACCAAAAGAUCACAGCUUUCAAGCCCGGCUUCCGUAUGACUGUCGGUACACCCACAGCUACGUCCAAGUAUGGACCUGGGUUGAAGUUUGUCUGCCUACAGAACAAGGGAACUAGAUUCCCCGAACUAGAUGACUUCCCUCCUAACAAGUGUGCUGGUGGUAUCAUGACUGUCCAUCACUUCCCCGCAUGCUGGGAUGGCAAAAACCUCGACAGCCCCGACCACCAAUCUCACAUGUACAACACCGUAAAGGAUGCGUUCCAGAACUCUGGCCCUUGCCCUGAAUCUCACCCCAUUCGUGUUCCUCAGGUCGCUUACGAAACCCUUUGGGACACAACUCAAUUUAACAACAUGUGGCCCACCGAUGGCUCUCAACCUUUUACUCUAAGCUACGGCGACAACAAGGGUUACGGCACUCACGCCGAUUACGUCUUCGGUUGGAAGGGUGAUGCUCUUCAGCGUGCUAUGGACUCGUCCUGCAUGUUCAACGCCUGCGAGAAUGGCAACCCUCUGAAGUCUCAAGGUGUAGCCCAAAUGAACCAAUGCCAGGUCAAGAGCACGGUAGAUGAAGAUAUUGAUGGAUGGCUCAAUUCUCUCCCCGGCAUGUAA